AUGGCAUUUCAAUUUUCGUUUGGUGGAUUAGCAAAGAAUCAGUCAACAGAACAAACUAACAAAAAUGCUGUUUCUCAAGAAUCUACAAAAUCUAUUUUUGGUUCUUCUGCAUUUGGUCAACCUAAAAUGAGUCAUGAUAAAGGAAGUGAUAGUAAUUUAUCUUUUUCAUUUGUUCCAGGGUCAUCAAAAGAUAUAAAUAAUUCUUCAAAUGAUAAAAAAGUUUCUGUUUUUGGGGGAAAAUCUUAUGCCUUUAAUUCUAGUAACACUAUUUCAAAUAAAUUAUCUUAUAGAAAUUGUUCAAAUGAUGUUUUUGGAGGUAAAGAUAAUGAUUUUUCAAAAAGUAAUAAAUUAUCUCAAAAUGAAAAUAGUAAAACAAUUUUUGGGAAAAAUAUAUUUAAAAAUGAAACAAGUGAAAAUAAUAGCAAAAUGUUUAAUGGAAAAAAUAACAUUACAAAAACGGAUGAUUCAAAUUUUCAAUCAUCCUCAGACUUGAUACAACCACGAAAACGUAUAGGUGGUAAUUCUCUUUUAGGAAUUUCAAAAUAUUUGCAAAAAAUAUCAAGUGAAAAUACUCGUGUUGAUUCUGAUACAAUAAAAAGAAUGACAACAUUAAAAAAGACUAUUUAUAAUAAUAAAUUAAUGGAAAGUAACAAUGUAGAUGAAGAAGAAUUUGGUGUAAAUGUGACUGGUUCUUCUGAAAAAAAUGAUAUAAAAAGUAGGCUUACUGAAAUUGAUUCUUCUGAUAGAGCUUCAACAUUAAAACGAAUGCAUGUAAUGAGAAAACCACAAGUACCAAUUAACAAAAAACAAACAUUUGAUUUACCUGAUUCAUUAAAUCAAGAUAUAUCUCAUAGAAAUGGUUAUAAUGAGCAACUUAAUGAUGUUGAGACACAGGCACGAAAAGAAUUAAUAACAUUAGUUGGGAAACAUUGUCCAAGUGACAUGGAUAAAUAUGAACUAUUAAAAAAACGAAAUCAAAUAAUGAACAAAGGUAGAGUUAUAGAUACAGAUUAUAGGACUGCAGAUUCAAAAAUUGGUACUAUGGAAAAUAUGUGUUCAGAGUUAGAGUAUUAUACUAGAAUUGUUCAAAAAAGAGUUUCACCAUAUGAAUGCAAUGAAGAUGGUAGUUUUAAUAUUAAUUUAAUGAUAAAAGAUUUUGAAAGAAGUGCUGCUGAUCAGGAAUAUCCUUUACCACAUGAAUUACGAACAGAGGAAUGUUUAAUAAAAACAUUGAGAUAUCUUUUUAUUAUGAUAGUACCUUUUGUUCCAGAAGAUAAGCAUUCUCAGGAAUUAUGGUAUGAUUUUAUAUGGCAUAGAACAAGAUCAAUAAGAAAAGAUUUAAUGCAACAAGGAAUAAAUACAGAAAAUGCUGUUCAAAUAUUUGAAACUUGUGCCAGAUUUCAUAUAUUUGUUUCAUACAGAUUGUGUAAUUUAAAUGCUUUAGAAUUUUCACAAAAAUUAAAUAAUGAACAUUUAUCAAAAAGUAUGCAUUCUAUAAGGCACUGUUAUGAAGAUUUAGCAAAAGAAAAUAUAUUUUGUAAAAAUGAAGUUGAAUUUUCAUGUUACGAAAUGUUAAUGAAUCUUCAUGAUCCAAAAGUUUUGUCAAAAACAAAUCGUUUUAGGAGGGAAAUUAUGGAAUCUGAUAAAAUGAUAACAACAAUAAAACUUGUCAAAGAGUAUCAAUCUAAUAAUUAUGUCAAAUUUUUCCAAAUUGUAAAAAAUGAAUGCGACUUUUUACAAUGUUGUCUUCUUCAUCGAUAUUUUUCUGACUUUAGGUCUAGAGCUAUGAAGAUUAUACUGACAGCAUAUAAUAAUUGUACAAUGCAUCUUGAAUAUUUAACUGACAUAUUAGCGUUAGAUGAUAUCUGUGACACAAUGAAGCUUGCUUCUUUUUAUCACUUAGACUAUUCUAAAUCGGAUCCAAUGUUACUUAUUUUAAGUAGAAUUGAUACAACAGACAUUGAAAUUGAUGAGGAGUACACUAAUGAUAAGUGGAUAGACGGGAAAUUACAAAAUCACUUAGCAGCUAUUUUACUUGGAACAACUGAUUUAGAAAUUCCAAAAUUCCCUGAAUUUUGUAUGUCAUUUGAUGAAAAAGAUUGUUAUAGUAAUGACAUUGUUUCAAAGAAAUUUAUUGAGGGUAAUAAAAUGGAUCCUGAGAAGAUUAAAUUAUUAAAAGAAAAACGUUUAAAAGAUGAAAUAAUUAAUAAUUACACAAUAUUUUUAUUGGAAUAUAUAUUACAAAAUGUAAAAAUUGACUUUAUCAAAAGUGCUUUUCAAUUUGAAAUUCAAGUAGAAAGUUGUGUUAAAACAAUUUCUAGUGAUAUUUUCAAUAAUUUUGAGAAUGUGAGAAAAGGAAUUUUAAAAAUUAUUUGUAAUGAAGUUUUUUAUACUGAAAGUAUUAAAAAUAAAGAAAAACUAAAAAAGCAAAAAAAUGAUGUUAUAUCAUUGUAUUCAACUAAUAUAGCUAAAAAUUUAAUUGACGAUAUUCGUUUUAAAAAUUUAAAAGAAAUAGCAGACAAUGUUUUAAGGAACGAAAUUAAAAUUUCACUUGAUACUGAAAUUAUUUCUAUUACAAAAAAUUUAGUUUACAAUGUACUUUGUACAACUAGAAAUGAGAUAAUAAAUAACAUUUCUUUAAGUGUUUUCAAGUCUGAAGUUGUUGAAGUCAAAAAAGCUAUUGCUAAAUUUAAAAAACGUAGAAUUAAUAGAAUUGUCGUAAGUUGUGCAAAGUUUUGGGUCAAUGUGGCAAGGGAAAAUAUUGAAAGAAGAAAUUAUAAAUUCAAAACAUUAAGUUCUUUACCGGAAAAGCCAUUAAAUAUUCCCUGUAGUGAAGUUGCUAAGAAGUUUAGAAUAAAAAGAGUAUAUUCUUUCCGUGACGAGCACACAUCUGAGGAGACAAAAUUUAAUAAGAAACCAAAAAGUUGUGGGAAUAUUAUUAAACAAUUAGAAAGAAUCAAAUUUGAGCAAAAAUUAAAAGAGUUUAUAGAGAAAAGGAGAAAACGUCUUGCUUUUAAAGCGUUUAAUAUAUGGUUAUAUAAUACAAAGUUAAUUCAGAAACGCCGACAAGUUUUGACAAUUUUUGAAAAAACCAAUGAUUCUACAACAUUUUCGUUUUUAAAUUAA